AUGACGGCAAGAGAGGACGAGUGGAUGAAAGAAGGGAUGUCGUUCAAGGAGAUGUUGAUGCGGCAUAACGGAGAAUGGAUCAGUGAAGAUGAACAGAAUUUGUCUGAGCAAGAAAAGGAAGAGAGGGAGAAUGAAGCUGAAGAACCAAUUGAUAAGCAACCUGCGAUAAGUUGGGAAAUGGACAAAGAUGGAAGAACAAAUUUCAUUCUUUCUAAUGCAUUCAAGGAAAAAGCAUGGAGGCCAUGGAACAAAGCUAUUUAUGUGAAGCUACUUGAUAAAAGGGAUUUGUCUCAUGCUUUAAUUGCGGGUCCUUGGGUAAUUUUUGAUCAUUAUCUUGCCAUUCGCUCUUGGGAGCCUGAUUUCAACCUGUACCAGGCAACAAUUGCCAGAAUUAUGGCUUGGGUUCGAUUGCCUGGAUUCCCAAUUGAAUAUACUAAUACGGACUUGUUAAAGGGCAUUGGUAAUUGGUUGGGUAAAUUCAUCAAGGUGGAUGCAGCUACAACAUCUCUAGCCAGGGGAAGAUUCGCGCGAAUGUGUGUUGAAUUGGAUUUGACCAAGCCGCUUCAGGCUGAAUACAAAAUUGAGGGUAAGAUCAAGCAGGUUGAAUAUGAGGGGCUUCAUCUAGUUUGUUACUCAUGUGGAAAGUAUGGGCAUAAAAUUGAAGCUUGCACAAUUAAGGGGCAUCAAAAUCAAAUUUUGAAGCUGUCUCAUGAAAAUCAGAAUGAGAAUAAAAUAGAGGAAACCUCUAGUAUAAAUGUUCAAAUUCAUCAAGAAGCUAAGAUAGGGGAUCAUACUCAGGAAGGGAGAUUUGGUCCUUGGAUGUUGGUUAAUAGACAAAAAAGAAGCUUCAGAGGCAGUAGUUCUAAUCAGAAAGGGCUUGAUGGUCCUCCUGAUAUGCCUUCAGCAUAUGGGUAA